UGAACAUCUAAUUUUACAAUUCUUUUGUUAUUUAUAGCUGAAUUGAAUGGAAUCUCAUGAGGGACUGGCUGUAACUGCCUCAGGCAUGAGUGCUACCACGUGACCGCCCAGCAGACUUGCUGUUUGUCUCCGUCACUUCGGCCCUUCUCCACGACAUCAACAUAACCCGCCAUGCUCGCCGCUGAGCCCAAGGUCAAACGUUCCUCCUCGUCGCUGCCGGAGCAGCUGAAUGCCCCUGAUGUCAAGCGCAUAAAGCGCCCGUAUCACCACCACCAUCGCUUGCAAACACCGGUUAAACCUGCGCUUCCGGAGCCCGCCAUCCCCGAUGACGCCUACGUCGACCACUUAAUGAACCGCUCCAUCGGGCAGACCCUACGAGAAACAGGAUUUGAUCUGGCCGAUCCAGCGGCGCUGGAGAGUUUCCGCAUUGCGACUGAAGAGUAUCUGCUGAAAUUCGCGUCAUAUGUGCGUCAGUCGAUGCUCUCGUCUCGUCGCUCCCAACCUGUCCCCCAUGAUUUCGAGCAUGCGUUGAAGAAACACCGUGUGCGCGUGGACGAUCUCCUGCCUCAUGUGAAAAAUCUACCGAAUGUCGAACCUGUUCCCUCGCUCCUGCAGAGCCCUCCGCCGGAAGAAGAUGACUGCUUUAAAACUUUACCGUCCCUGGGUCCGCAACUAAGUGGCGAAGAUGACCGUGCGAGAAGCGCAUACAUCCCGAAGCAUUUCCCCGAAUUCCCUAGUAAACACACCUACCGACAUACCCCCGUAUUCACGGAGCGCGAACAAGACCCGCGGAAGAUCCGGGAGCGGGCAACGGAGGAUGGCCGACAUGGGGAGGAGGCCUUGCGCAAGCUUGCACGCGCAGCGUUCAAGGAUAACCACCUUGGUUCGUCGGGUCGGGAUAAGAAGCCGUGGGGUCGGAGGACAGAGACGAUGGAUAGUAUGUUUGAGAAGACGAUUAAAGGUAUCGCGAAGAAGUUGCAGAAGAACACAACGACUCCAGGUGCUGCCGCCCCUAUGGAGAUUGACUCUGGUGCGGUCGACCCGGAUGUGAAGGCUCGGAACAAGGUGUCGUUGAGCAUAGAACUGCCGCCCAUCAUCAACUGCGAGAGAGACUUUUGGCGUCGGACGACGACUGGGAAUCGGAGACCCGAGGAGAGGCCGCCGGGCAAUAAAGAAGCUCCGGACAUCUCACGAGUGGAUAGCUGGGUGAGCACAUGAGCGAUGGGACCAGGACAAUAAAUCGGAAUGGCGUCGGGCGUUUGACUUUUGUUUUAUAGCCGUAUUCGAGAAGAUACCCAUGCAUCAGAAUUCAAUAUAAACAUUGAGCAGAUUAUAAGCAGCGAUCAGCCUGUCAACGAGAACCAGUAGAACGAGCGCCAAUCAACACCGUAGUUAUGCAUGUAAGAUAGACGGUCCUCCUUCAUUUGCUGUCCACGUUCGAGCUGCUUUCUGCAGCCUUGCGCUUGGCCUCUUCCUCCAAUCUGAUCGGCUCCCACGAUGUCGUCUCCACCGUCAACCCAUUGGCGUACCGUCUGAACAACCGCACGACCGGCUUGCAGACCACCACUCCGGGCGCAGGGAUCCCAUCCUGCGGCGGAUUACACGAGUACUGCACCAUCUCCAUGAGUUUGCAUUUUUCCAACUCGACGGGACCGCCCUUGCGACGUCGCUCUUGGAAGUUUUUGCGCACGAUGCUGACAUGGUCAGGGAGAGCUUCGGCGGAGAAGAUCGGGACGAGAGGGGCCAUUGUUGAAUUUCUUCGUAUUUAUAUGGCGACCCAGUAAAUUAAUUUAGUGGAUUGGAUUGAGG